UAUCAUAGGAUUGAUAUUCUCAAAACACCAAAUCAGUUACAUUUUUCAGAAUACGCUUUUUAUUGGGUCAUUGGGUGGCCUACAAUAUGAUGCAAAGAAUUGUGAUUGAGGUGCAGAUGAGAAGCCGAAAACGUCGUGCCAAGGCCAUGAAGAUAGCUGCUGUCGCUGAUGGUGUCAAUUCAGUGGCUUUCAAUGAGGAAAACAGAGAUCAAAUCGUAGUGAUUGGACAUGGAGUUGAUCCAGUUGGCUUAGCCCUCUCUUUGAGGAAGAAGGUUGGCCAUGCUACCUUGUUGAAUGUGGAAGAACUAGUGGAACAAGCGGAAGAUGAAUAAGAAAUUAAUAAGCAAACAAAAGGAAAAUAGAAGUAAUAACCAUGCAUGCAAACUACAUGUACG